AUGGCUACACCAUCAACACCAUUAAAUUGGUUUAUGGAAAUGGUAUUUACACUAGAUGAUAUCAAGUUGAUUCGUUUGGUGUUGGAUCAUCGUAUCAUUCAAUCGUAUCAUGGACCCCCUUUAAUAGGUUACUCUAGUCAUCUCGUUGGAUUGGAAACAUUCAAACAAAUGGUGACCAUUCCAAGGUUACAAGAUAGAUUCUUUGAUUUCUCUGCCAAUACACUCGAAAAAGUACAAUACAUGCACAAAGAGAUGGCAUAUCAGUUCACAGCCUGGUCUCUAACUGUGGCCAGCUUGUGGUACAACAGAGAAGUAUUUUACUAUGUUUUAGAUCACAUCGUUGACAAGUCUCCUGGAUUCCUCAAUAAACAGGUAUCAUUAUUGUAUGUUGCUUUACAAGGAGAAUUUGGCCAUGACACGAGAGAUAGACGUUUUGGACGUAUCGACAUUCUCGAACAUUUGGUUGAACAGAGAUAUCUCACUGUCCUGCCAGCUCAUAAUCCAAAGUGUUAUGGACUUGUUCAAAGUAAAUUACUUCGAACAUUGAGUCUUGACCCACUCUGUAGCGGACAACCUCCACAACAGUCAAAUACAACAACUGACGACGAUGAUGACGACAAUAACAACGACAACAAAAACCUUUUUAGCAAUGUAUUAUCAACCACCAUAUAUCAAGCAUCUAAUUUUGGAAUGAUAGACACACUCCAAGAUAUUGUGGAAACAUACUGGCCAAUAUUUAAAAUUAACAAGAAUCUUGCUCGAGAAUGUCUAACUACAUUGUUGGAAAAUGCAUCCAAUACUCACCACUUAAUUGUCAGAUUAUUUGACAUUGUUGUUGAAAUCACACCAAUGGAGGCACUCAAGUUACUUGCCGAUGGUAAUGGAGGUGGAGUAGAGACAACACUAUACCUAUUAAACAAACAACUAGUUGGAAAGGAAACAAUACAAGAGACUGAUAUGGUUGAAAUAUUGAACGCAUUUGUUUAUCAAGGACACCUUGAAGAGUUUAUUCAAACGAUGAAAUUCCUCCAUCAACACAACAACAAGUACACUCAACUACUCCAUCAAUUGGUCAACAAGGUUGAUAUCAUGGAAGCAGCCAUAUCCUAUCGUAAUCCAUUUAUUCAUUACUAUAUGCGUCUCCAUUAUCUAUACAAAGAUGCUGGUCACAGACGUCGAUCUUUUAUCAAUAUGAAUAAUAAUUCAAAUGCAAUAUCUACAGGAGGAGGAGGAGGAGGAGGAGGAGGACACCAACGUAGGUCAUCACAAUCAAAUACAGCAGCUGCUACUGCGAGUGGUGGAGGUGGUGGUAGUCGAAAUGGAUCACCUUUAAUAUCAUCACAAAUACCUUCAUCUCUACUACCCAACCUCCUUAUACCAAAUAGUUCAAUGAUACCUCCACUCUUUUUAAACCCUACAACUGCUACAUCAGUUGAUCAUAAUAAUAAUAAUAAUAAUAAUAAUAAUAAUACGCAAUCAUUAUCAUCAAUGGCAACAGCACCUAGUAAUCUUAGUCAAUCUUCACCGAAUAUCAUCACACCAACCUCUGUAUCGACAUCAUCCACUCCAAACCUAACUUUAUCAUCACACGCUAUCCCUACAACUUCAUCAUCACUAUCAGCAGGAACAACAAACAACAAUAACAACAACAAUACUAUAGCAGCAGCACCAGAGACACUUGUCAUUAAAACUAAAGGUGCAAACACCGAAGUAUAUGGGUUCGUCUAUUGGAUUGCAACGAUACUCGGAUACGUCAUCUACUUGCUAUGGGCAUUCAUCCCCGAACAUGUACUCUCAGAUCUAGGUGUACACUACUACCCUAGCAAGUAUUGGGCUAUCGCCAUCCCAAUGUAUAUUAUAGUUUGUAUCAUUUUUGGUAUGACUGUUUAUUUCUCUAUCAACCUCAUCAUUACAAAACCAUUUGAUUCUUUUAAUACUUAUAAAGAUGAAUUUACACAAACUGAAUCAGAUACACAUGUUUAUUUACCAGAAUCUAUCCCUCCAUUGGAAGAUUUACCUUUGGAUAUUAUAAACAAGAUUCUUUAUCAAACUAGAUCCAAUAAUUAUAAUAAUAGUAUACUAUCUGGUGGACGUAUUCAUUCUCUAGUGUCAUCUGGUGGCGGCUCGUCAACGUCUGACUUGUUACUACCACAUCACUCUCUUUCACAACAAAAGACAACUACUCUUUCUAAUCUAUCACUCAGUCCGCUAAACACACAAUCCAUCUCCACUUCAACAUCGGGCGUACAACCAUACUCUCCUACAACAAGCCCAACACUCACUGGUAUCAGACAACGUGGAGCAUUGAGUAGUAGCACAUCAUCAACCAAAGAAUUGAUACAACAACAAUUACAACAACAAUCACCAUCUACCUCAUCACCCCGUAGUCAUUACCUUCCUUUAUUAAGUCAUUUCAAUUCUCCAUUAAAUAGUGGUAGUAACCUUGGAGGAGGAAAUAACAAUCAAUCACCAUCAUCCAAUAGUAGUAAUAUUUCAUCAUCCAACAAUAAUUCAGACCAAGAAUUUGAUUCCAACAGUUCGAGUAGUUCAAGAAAUUCUUCACCUUCUUCUUCCAAUUCUUCUUCAACAACAAUGAGAAGAGUUAAUACAUUACCAACUAUUAAUAGUUCAUCGGAAUAA